GGACGCGCAACGGGCGGCCUUUAUAUAGAGACCGGCUGGAAAGGAGCGCAGAGUCGCCCUGGCCAGCAUGUCGCAGCUCUACCUGAGGACGAUCGCUUUCUUCGACAAGCGUGUGCCCCCCAAGCUGCGGCCUCUUUGGGAGCACCCUGCAGGUCCUAAAACUAUAUUUUUCUGGUCGCCGUUCUUUAAGUGGGGGCUUGUAAUUGCAGGCUUGAGUGACCUACAGCGACCAGUAGAAACAAUCAGUAUAUCACAGUCUUCUGCUUUGGCAGUCACAGGCAUGAUCUGGUCUCGAUACUGCUUAGUUAUUAUCCCCAAGAACUAUAGUCUGUGCAGUGUAAAUGUCUUUGUCGCCCUGACAGGACUUUAUUCUCUCUCAAGAGCUAUAAGGUACCAGCUCCAACUAAAGGAAAAGGGUAACAAUGGAAGGACACAAGAACAAAAAAUGCUUUUAUGAAAGAAGUUUUUGUGUGUGUACAUGUGGAAGGAGUGGACUACUAAUUUAUUUGGCUAUGUAUGUAGCAGAGGCACCAGCAAAAUAAAAGAUUAAUGACACUGUA